CGCUUACUCUCACGUGACGACGAUAGUAAACCAAAAGUAAAAUAGGCCCUAGAACUUGCAGAAGUAAAGAGAGGAUACCAUCAUCAGAAGGGAUGGCAGGAUAUUUCAAUGCCAUGGUGAAGGGGGUUUUGAAUGUUGUUGAUGUAGCCCAAGCCAGCAUCAAACCCUUCAAAGUAACAACUGUAAAGUUUGAUGAUUAUAACAGGUUACUUAUAAAGAGAGAAGAUGGUCACAUGACUUUGUUUCAACGACCUGGAUCCUUUGAAUGUGUGCUUUCCAACAAAGUAAUGUAUAAAAGCUUCAGUAUUUUCCGCAUAACCAAUGAGAUUGAUGCCCUCACCCAGUUUGAGUGUUACAGUUUCAUUAUCAACACUUUAGCCAAUGCCAGCAGCUCGGUAUAUGAUGAAAACAUGCUUCAAAAUAUAUCAGAUGCCAUUAAGUCAAAUUUACAUUGGAGACCAGCACAUGUUGCUGCUUUUGUUGGGUUAUAUGAAUGCUUCCACCAUAAAAAAAUCCAGUGUGAUAUUGAUUGUCAAGUGGAAAAAACUCAGUUAUCUCCCUUAAUGGCAGCUGUGUUAGGGAAGCACACGCAGUGUGUGUCUGUUUUAUUGGAGCAUGGAGCCAGACUGGAGCUUCAGGACCAAAAGGGAGACACUGUAUUCCACUAUGCAGUGUUACAUCACCCAGAAGUCAUCAAAAUUUUAUCAGACCAUGAUAAUACCAACAACCGUGACAAAGUCAUUAAUUACCUGAACAACAGUGGGAUGACGGCCCUAGCCUGUGCCUGUCAGAAGGGGAAGUCUGAAGUUGUGGAGGCCCUGCUAGACGGAGGAGCAGACCCUAAUAUCACUGCACAGGACAUGUAUUCCAUCCACCAUGCUCUCAAGGCUGAGGACAUCAGGUCAGUAGAGGUAAUCUGUAAAAGGUUCAAAGACCAGCUGUCACUGAGGGAUGGAAAGUAUGGAGGCACACCAAUGCACUGGGCCAGAAGUAGGCAGAUGACAGAGAAAUUAUGUAGACUGAAGGCAGACAUGAAUGUGAGGAGCAACACUGGUCACACCCCAUUACAAGUCAUGCAGGAGAAGGGCCGAGCUGACUGUCUAAUGGAACUCUUAUGUUGGGGAGCGGAUCCAAGCAUCGGAGAUGAUGAAGGAAACACCCCUCUACACAACGCUGUUCUUAAAGAUGACUAUGAAAUGGUGAAGAACUAUGUUGUAUAUGGUGCUGAUGUUAAUGUCAAAAACAAGAAGAACCAAAGUCCUAGACAUUUAGCCAGUAAUUCAAAUGGUAAACACAAAGAGCUGAUUUUGUACAUGUUACAUGUUUCUGGUGCUACGAGAUGUGAUGCCAAUAUGAAGAAUUGUCAAAAUGGGUGCUUUGUAAACGGAGUCAAAAACGGAAAACCUGAUGAACACAUCACUGAGCUCCUAGAGCGAGAUCAGAGUGGCCUUUUGGAUGAAAUGUUGUCAUCAGUGUGUGAACCACUUUCACAAUUAGACGGAUCAGAGCAGGAUCUAGGAUAUAGGCUUUUGUCCCUAGAUGGUGGGGGGAUUCGAGGAAUUGUCCUCUGUCUAAUGCUUAUUGCCAUUGAGAAAGAGGUCGGGAAACCUAUCAAGGAUUGUUUUGAUUGGAUAGCAGGAACAAGUACAGGGGGACUCUUGGCUCUCGGAAUCUGCACAGGUAAACCUCUGUCUUAUAUGAGAGGACUUUAUCUCCGGCUGAAGGACGAGGUAUUCAUUGGAUCCAGACCAUAUCAGUCAGAGAACUUUGAAAACAUGUUGAAAGAAGAAUUUGGAGAGGACACUCUCAUGACUGAUUUUAAGAAACCAAGGGCAGCAGUGACAGGGGUACUGGCAGACAGACACCCAACCAAACUACAUUUGUUUAGGACAUAUGAACCCACACUGCAACCGCCGGAGGUUAGAGGUGUAUGUCACAGAAAGGGAAGUAAAAAGAAGAAAAACCAGAAAGAUUCUAAGGAGAAGAGAGAGUCGAGUCUGUCUUCCGAAUUAUACUCCCCGGCCCACCCAAGUGAACAAAAAGUAUGGGAGGCUGCUCGUGCCACUGGUGCAGCUCCGACCUACUUCAAGGCUUUCGGUCCGUACAUUGAUGGUGGUCUAGAUGCCAACAACCCAACCUUAGAUCUGUUGACAGAGAUACAUGAAUACAACUGUGGAUUAAAACUGAAAAAUGAGCCCCAAAAGGUACGUCCAAUAGGUGUGGUGGUGUCUUUAGGAACGGGACAAGUACCCAUUAGACCAGUGGAUACUGUUGAUGUUUACAGACCAGAGGGGAUAUUUGAUGUUACUAAGAUAGCUAGAGGAAUCCAAAACCUGAUUAAUGUGAUGGUAGAUAAGGCUACGAUUGCUGAGGGUCGUCCUGUAGACAGGUCCAGGGCCUGGUGUGGAAUGCUGGGAGUACCAUUUUACCGAUUCAGUCCACCAAUCACAGAUGUAGAAAUGGAUGAACAUGACAAUAAGAAAUUAACCCAGCUGAUGUGGGAGACACAGUGUUAUAUAGUGGCUAAUCGUGAACGCAUUAAAAGACUGGCCUCCUACCUCAGAAGAGAUACAUAGCAAGUAUACUAUCCAUAAGUGUUACUAUAGAGUAUUUUUUAUUAUUUAUUAUUUCUAGCAUUAUUUUAGUUUUUUUUUUUUUCAAGAGUGAGAGUAGAACACUUUGCAAUUAUAUAGUAUUUAUAAUUAUGUGCCUUAAUUGUAUACCAAAAGCAUAAUUUUUUUCUUGUUUUUUCUUGUUUAAUUUGAUAUGCAGAGAAUAACUGACAAUCGUCUGCAUCGGAAGGUCUGUGAUAAUUGAGUGACACCUUUGAGAACUAAAAAUGAGGCAUGUCUGUGUUUAUAUUCUGAUAGUGACAUUAAAAUUUUUCAGCUCACCUGAGCUGAAGAUGAGAUUUUCUGAUCAAUUUUUGUUCAAUGUCCAUGUUUGUUGUUGUUGUUGUCAUAAAUAUUUUACAAUUUUAUCUGUUUCUCCAGAACCACAGAGCCAAUUUAAAUCAAAAUUGGCACAGAGUAUCCUUGGACAAAAAGGACUCCAUUUUAUUUUAAAGAGUGUUCAAACCAUUUUCCAAGAGGAGCUAAUUAAGAAAAAGUAAAAAAAAAAAAGGGGGGGGGCACAUUUGAAAAUAUUUUUAAGAGCCAUUGGUCCAGAAUAAAUGAAACUUAUGUGAAAGCAUUUUGACAAAAUGUAGGGCAAGCUUGAUGAACCAUCAACAUUUUACAUAUGGUAUACAUGUAUAAUGUAAAAUAACAAAAAUCAUCACAACAACAGCAAUGCUAUGAUUAAUCAUAUUUUGAAUAUAGAAAGGAUCGUCAGGUAGUGUUUAAUUUUUUUUGUACAUGUAUUUUUAAUUUUACAGAUAAAUGUAGAAUGUUAAUAAAAUCUUUUGUCAUUUUGACAUUAAAUAAACUGUUUUUGCUAAAUCAAAUGUUCAAUGUUUAUUUUUUUUCCAAAGUACAACUUUGAAGACUGCCAUAUUGCACCCUCUCUUCUUACUCUUUUUUGAUACCUUUAAAAGAAUAUCAUACAUUGUUGAAUGGUAAUUUUUUUUAUAUAUAAGGAAUUUCUACAAAUCGUGCCAUGCAGUAUUUUGUUUGUUUUAUGUUAACGUUGGUACAAGCAAUGUUGAUAAAUAAAUGUUUUUAAACAGAUGUUAUGUUUCCACCAGUUAUGAAUGAUAACCAAGAUAUUGGUACAGAAAGUGAAUUCAAUGUUUGACAUGCAUGUAAUGUUAUGUAUCUUUCCAAUAUUGUUUACCAAGGUUAUAAAAUAUCAUCAUUAUACAGCUGUAUUUGUUUUAGUGUAUCAUUCCAGUUUGAUUCAUUAUAUGUGAAGGUAUCUGAAAUAAAGAUAUUUGAUAA